AUGAACCUGAUGUGGAGAGCCCUUAUAUGCCUUAUCUUGGCGCCAAUCGUCACGUGCCUUCAACCCACUUGUCCAAUGACUAGAUAUACAGGCAACUUUGACGUAAAAAAUCACGUGCAAGACCACGCCCUAUUUGGAAGUUCCUACAAGAAUCUUACUGCAGAUACAAUCAAGCAAUGCUUUGGUAUCUGUGUGCAAGAUUGUAGAUGUGUAUCAUAUCAGCUCCACGGUAAGCAAUGCGAACUGAUUGACGAGAACAGGCACACAAUUCUAGCUGAUCGCUUCAAACCAAAGCCUGGAUACAUGUAUUUUGAGUUAACGCAGGAGUUCAAGAAUAAGGGAUCUGGCUGCUCAAGCAAGUGCAACAAUGGAUGCUGUCGAUUCUCGCCUUGUCAAAAUGGAGCAACUUGUGUUGAGUUGUGUGACAAUGUCACGCGUAAGUUUGAGUGCAAAUGUCCAUCAGGGUACAGUGGAAGGGUGUGUGACGUGCCUGUAUCAUGUAAUGCAUACAGCAAACGGUCAUCUGCUAACGUCUUCCCAAUAUACACUUCGAAAAGUACAUUUAUUGAUAUAUACUGUGACAUGACCUCUGAACCUGGAAUGGUUUGGACCCUCCUAGAGUCGUUUGCUCUGUCGAAUAAUAAGAAAUAUAUGAGCACGCCUUUAAGUCAAAAUUUCCCAGUAAACGAGAAAAACGUUAACUGGGCCGACUACCGCCUGUCACUAUCUGUCAUGCAACACAUCCAGAGUCAMGCAACUCACUGGRGAGCGACCUGUAACUACGAGAAGGAUGGCUUGAAGAAGACAGACUUUAUUCAAGGAAGUAUACAGGUCUUUGAUGUUCUGAAGGAUUACGACAAUGCUUGUUUUCGUGUAGAUUACGCCAAUGUGCGAGACAUAAGUUGCACGGACUGCACAAUAAACAUGAGGCAGUUUUCUGAUAGGCACGUCAACGUCGAUAGUUAUAUGGGAACUAGUCUUAAAUGUGAUCUUCAGCUCAAUACAGCCACAAGCAAGGUAAUUGAGAACAAUUACUGUGACAAUUUUGGAUAUUACAAAGUCAUUAAUCCACGUCACCGAUGCAGCGCUGAUUCGUCCGCUACUACCCAGUGGUGGUUUGGAGCAAUUGCAUCAUAA